GCAGAAUAACAGCAGUUAUAGCCACAGAAAUAAAGCAGCAUCAUAAAAACUACUUCAUAAAUAAGGUGUAGCAAACAAUGGCUAUUAUUGAAACAUUCAAUGAAAUGGGACAGCUCACAUCGUCUGGAUUCGGCAUUCCUCGGCCCAGGCAUGGCCUUCAUCUGCUCUAUUGGUUUUCUCAUGACUUCAUCACAUUUGACAACAAUGGUAACCUUGUGGCAUUGCACAAACCCGAAAGUCAGGCAUUCGGCUUCCAUCAGUUCAAGAACCGAACCGAGUUUGGCGAAAACAGAUACAAACUUCUCCCGAACCAGAACUUCCCCUACUAUGGGGUAGGCAACCUGAAUAUCCAGGGGGCAGAAACACUACCGAAUUACGUUAAGCAGAACUAUUGUAGAUACAGUGAUAAGAGCAACAUGGACCGUAUCAUCAUCAGUCUUCCCUCUGGCUCCGUGGUGGAUGAAGUCUAUGUGACCCAACACGAUGACAUGAAGACAUUUGAUCGUGAGAAAACAUACCGGAUUAGUAAGGGUUUGGUCAAAAUGAUUCGUGAUAUGAAGCUGGCGGAGCUGCUACAGCAAACCGGGUACUUGGAUUCCAUGCAGGUGACGCUACGGACUACGGUAAAUAGCUCAGAGAGAAGUAAUAGGGUCGCUGCUGCGAGUCUCCAGCCGGAACCAGUGACAGAGCAUGUGAUUCACAUGCCAGACGAAUCAACGGCUCUGAGCGACCUGUCUGACAGUCGCCCCAAAAGAGGAAUCUCCAAUCAUCCCCGGCCGGCGAGGAAAUGCUGUGUCAUUCUAUGACAAUGCUGUGCCAAGGAUAGUUAGGUCAGAUUCCAGCAGCACUGGUUUACCAGCAUAACUAUCGGGGGUGCAGGGAGUGCAGUCACACCAGGGCCUGUGUGACUGGCCUCUAUCAUAAAACAAUUUUGUAUUUCUAUUCUAUUCUGUUAUCACAGUCAGGCUUCAGCUGGUAGGGGGCCUGUAAGAACAGCCUGCAAGCCAAUUCUGUAACCAACAGGACACUGUACAGCUUCUACCCCCAAGGCGAUAUAAUUUCUAUUGACUACCCUGCUAUCAUCAUUCAUAGCCUUUCCUCUAUUUACACACUAGACUCCACCCAUACACUUUACACUUACUUGCACCUGUUGAGAUAAAUAAUGUUUAAAUAAUGCUAAAUUGUAUGCUGCAGCCGGGUUAGGAAAAUAUGAUUGAAUACAAUAACUAUCAAGGUUAAAAACUCCAUCAUGCUGUUGUAAUUCUCACACCUUGUCUUUUUGAGGAAUGGGUCAAGACAGCCUUUUGUCUCACACUCACCCUGACUUUUCACUUGUCUUUUCAAGAGAGAUAGCAUUAAAACCCAACAAUCAACAUGCAAAAGAAACCGCCUCCUAUACAGCAGGAAGAGACCUUCUGUCUCCAACCCCCUGAUGUUCUAGACUAGGUUAGGACAAUAGAAUGUUAAUUCCUGUAACCUUGUAAAGAUUUCCCAUCUGUAUGCAAGAAUCUGUUGAUCUGUAACCGAAAAUGACCCCAAGGGGGCAGAGUUUAGAGCAUGUCCUUCCUCCUUGGACAGCGAAGAAACCAACGAGAUUCGUCCAACAUGUCACCAUGCCAACGAAGAGCCAGUAAGGAUGGUUUUUACUCACGAGAGUGAAAAUUAACUGCCCCAGGGGCUAUAGGAAUAAAGCCGGUAGAGAGCCGGAGAUCUGCGCCAAUAGAUGUGGAGACUUAAGGGUUAAAACAACUAUUUACAGGCCCGCUGCA